AUGUUAUACUUAAUACUUUUCCUUAUUGCUCCAAUCUAUGCUGGUAUUUUACUUCCAACAAAACCAUCAAUUGAUCCCUUUUACAAUGCUCCUGAAGGUUUUGAAAAAGCUGCUGUUGGUGAUAUCUUACACUUUAGAAAAAUCCCAAAAUCCAUCACUGGUGAGUUUGUUCCCCUCAAGAUCCAAAACUCCUGGCAACUUUUAGUUAGAUCUGAAGAUUCCUUCGGUAACCCAAAUGUCAUCGUCACCACUGUUAUGGAACCAUUCAAUGCUGACCCUUCCAAGGUUGCUUCUUAUCAAGUUUUUGAAAACGCUGCUAAAGCUGACUGUGCCCCCUCUUAUGCUCUUCAAUUUGGCUCUGAUAUGAGUACUUUGGCUACCCAAGCUGAAACAUUUUUAUUGGCACCAUUGUUGGAACAAGGAUAUUAUGUCGUAUCUCCAGAUUAUGAAGGUCCCAAACUGGCAUUCACUGUUGGUAAACAAUCUGGUCAAGCUGUGUUAAACUCCAUUCGUGCAGCCUUAAAGUCCGGUAAUACUACCAAUAUUAAAGAAGAUGCCAAAGUUGUUAUGUGGGGAUACUCUGGUGGAUCAUUAGCCUCUGGUUGGGCAGCUGCUUUACAACCAGAAUAUGCACCUGAAUUGAGCGGGAACUUGUUGGGUGCUGCAUUAGGUGGAUUUGUUACCAACAUAACCGCUACAGUAGAAGCCACCGAUAAUACUGUUUUUGCAGGAAUUGCAGCCAAUGUUUUAGGUGGUGUUGCAAAUGAAUAUCCAGAGUUUAAAGAAAUAUUACAAAAUGAUACUAAUAAACAAUCAAUCUUCAAUAAAAUUGACAACCAUUGUUUGACAGAUAGCUUGAUAAAGUAUGUGGGAACUAGAUUUUUAACCGGUGGCAAUAAGGUGUUCAAAUCAGGUUGGGGUAUCUUCAAAAACCGAGCAGUUUGUAAGAUUGUUAGAGAUAACGGUUUGGUUUAUCAAAAAAAAUUAGUUCCAAAAAUCCCCAUCUUGAUUUACCAUGGUGCUAUUGAUCAAAUUGUUCCUAUUGUCAAUACUAAGAAAACUUAUCAAAAUUGGUGUGAUGCUGGUAUUGCUUCAUUGGAAUUUGCUGAAGAUUUGACAAACGGUCACAUUACUGAAUCCAUUGUUGGUGCCCCAGCCGCUUUGACUUGGAUUAUUGAUAGAUUCUCUAACAAGCCACCUGUUGCUGGUUGUCAACAUGUUGAAAGAACAACCAACUAUGAAUACCCAAAUAUUUCUACUUCAAUGCUUGACUAUUUCAAAGCAGCAAUGGAUGUUGUUGCACAACAAGGGCUUGGUCCUGAUGUUCAAAAGGACCAAGUUGAAAUUAAGAGUAAUUUAUAA